CUCUGCUCAGCCCAGAGGAGAAGCCACGCAGGAGGGAAGAAGAAGAAGAAUUAGAAGAAGAAAAAGUUGAAGAAGUUGACAGAGAGAGAGAUAGAGAGAGAGGAGGGAGGGCGAGCGAGAGAGAGAGAGAGAGAAGAAGGGGGGGAAGAAAACGCCCUGGAAACUUUGCUUGAUCUAGGAAAAGUGACAGAAUCCCUUCAGACAGACGUCGAGAAGCGCUCUUCUUUGGGCUGGGACGUUUCCGAGGAUGCUCCGGCUGGUGUGAGGCUUCUCGGGCGCAACCAGAGCGCGCAGAAGUCAAGAAAACAAGAUCCAACGCGUUGGACCGAAGCCCUUGGCCUCGCUCCAGCUAUCCAAGGAACAUUGAGUGUGACGUUCUUCUCCACCGGGGUUUGAACACAAGACAAACAAAACAAGAUGGCCGAAGAGGAGGAAACCAGGGAAGUGCUCUUUCCAGACUGGGAAGGCCCGGACAAAACUGGACUGACCAUCGAGCAGACAUGUGAAGGAGAGAUCUUCGUCAAAGAAGUGAAAGGAGAGUCGCCUGCGGCACGGUCUGGGAAAGUAUACGAAGGUGACCAGAUUGUGGGCGCUACUAUCUAUUUUGACAACAUGAGCUCAGAGGAAACAGCUGAUCUUCUGAAGACACUGAACCGCCACAAGGUUGGACUGAAACUACAAAACAAAGGGGACAAAUCCCCAGGCUACUCGCCCCUGAGCACACCAUGUCGCUCGCCGUUGGGUACCUUGACAUGGGAGGGCAGGGUUGGAGGCGCCAGUCCUGACAUCAUUCUUGGUGGUGAUGAGGAGGACUACAAAAGGAUUUACACAAAGAAGAUCAAACCCAGGCUUAAGUCUGAAGAACUCGGAGACGGAGUGGAUGUGCGCACAGAACGGCACAGCAGCACAAGUAGUGACGGCAGCACAAUAACAACGAUCACCCGGCGUAUCACCACCUACACUGUGGACAUGCCGACUGGCAUCAGUGAGCAACUGGAGCUUUCAGGCCCAGAGUUCAAAGGGCAAAGGCAAGAAUCAGGGGCUGGCUCGCCUCAUUUAAAGUUGUCACAGGGCAGUCCUUCUGGUGACGGGGGAGCUGAAGGAGGGGUUUUCUCUUACAAACUAGGGGGAAACGCAAACACUGGUAGUGGGCAUGUUUCAAUGGGAGGUGUGGGAAGUAGUGAGGUAUUCACAACAGACAACGAAAACGGAGGGUCUGUACCAGAAAAAGGCAGGUCAAUUUUUGUGACAUCCAUAGGUAAGACACAGAUAGAUGAGGGGGCAAAGGUGAGGUUACCUGAAGUGACUGUCACUCACCCACAUGCAGAGGGAUCAGGCACCAUUCACAUUCCAAACGUCUCAAUGAGUGGAGGUUACACAAAUGCUGGAAGCGACUUAAAAGGUCCUUCUGGGAACGCCAAGUACACCAUGCAAACAAAAGUUACCGAGAGCAAAUAUGUUAAAGGUCCAGAAAUGACUAUUGAGGGGAAAAGGGGGGAUUUCAAAUCACCUCAGAUAAAUGUAACAUCAUUUGCAACGAAGGGGUCAACUUUUGAUGUGGCGACUCCAAAGAUAGAGGCAAAUACUGAAGGCCAAGAAAGAAAAGGUGCAAAGGUUAGUUUAAAUAUUACCAAAGCUAACGUUUCAGGACCGAGCAUUGACAUGCCAAAUGUGGAAUUAAAUCUAAAAAGCCCUGAACUCAAAGGUGACGUAGAUGUGUCAGUACCACAUAUUGAAGGCGGUAUAAAAGCUCCCAAAAUUGGUAUAAAAGGCUCAAAAGUUGACAUUAAGGGAUCGAAUACUGGAAUUGAAUUUCCAAAAAUGAAAAUGCCAGAAUUCGGUUUGAAAGGUUCAAAACAGGAGGGCCCAGACAUUCAUGCGGACCUUCCAAAGGCUAAUAUUAAGGUCAAAUUCCCAGAGGUUGAUAUUGAAGGCCCUGAGUUUGAUACUGAAGGACCAGAUGUUGACAUAGACAGUCAAGGUUGGAAGAUCAAAAGACCUGGAUUCAAGAUGCCGAAAACCUCUGGAAUCAAUGUCACCAUGCCAACUGUGGAUCUGAAAGGCUCUAAGUUCAAAGGUGGUGUGUCAGUACCAACUAUUGAGGGGGGUAUAAAAGUACCCAAAGGCGAUUUAGACAUCAAAGCCCCAAAAUUGGACAUCAGAGCGUCAGAUGUUGACAUUGACGUGGGUGGGAAAAUCAAGGGACCAAAAUUCCAGACGGGUAAAAUCACAGGACCAAGCAUCUCCACGCCCAAUGUGGAUUUACAUCUGAAAGAACCUAACGUCAAAGGUAAAGUAGAUGUGUCAUUACCAACUAUUGAGGGAGAUUUCAGAGCCCCAGAAAUUGAACUAAAAGGUGCCUACAUUGACGUUAAGGGGCCUAACACUGGAUUUGAUUUACCAAAAGUCAAAAUGCCAAAAUUUGGCUUAAAAGGUCCGAAAGUCGCUGGUCCGGAUGUCGAUAUAAACCUCCCCAAGGCUAAUAUUGAUGUCGGGAUACCUGAUGUUGACGUCCGAGGCCCAGAAUUUGAUAUCAAUCUCCCAAAAGGUGAUUUGGACCUCAAAGGUCCAAAAUUGGAUAUCGAAACACCAGAUGUUGACAUUGACAGUACCGGUUGGAAGAUUAAGGGACCUAAAUUAAAUAUGCCAAAAAUAUCUGGACCAAACAUCUCCAUGCCCAAUAUGGACUUCAAAUUGAAAGGUUCAAAAGUCAAAGGUGAUGUAAAUGUAUCCGUACCAACUGUUGAAGGAGAUAUCAAAGCACCAGAAGUUGAACUAAAAGGUGCCAAAGUUGAGAUUAAGGGCCCUAACACUGGAUUUGAGUUACCGAAAUUUAAAAUGCCAGGAUUUGGUGUUAAAGGAUCUAAACUGGAGGGUCCAGACGUUGACAUAAACCUCCCCAAAGCUAAUAUUGAUGUCAAGGUUCCUGAUGUUGACAUUCGAGGCCCAGAAUUUGACAUCAAUCUGCCAAAAGCUGAUUUGGACAUUAAAGGUCCAAAAGUGGAUAUCGAAACACCAGAUGUUGACAUGGACAGUACCGGUUGGAAGAUUAAAGGACCUAAAUUAAAUAUGCCAAAAAUCUCAGCACCAAACAUCUCCAUGCCCAAUAUGGACUUCAAACUGAAAGGUCCGAAAGUCAAAGGUGAUGUAAAUGUCAAUGUACCAACUGUCGAAGGAGAAAUCAAAGCACCAGAAGUUGAACUAAAAGGUGCCAAAGUUGACAUUAAGGGCCCUAACACUGGAUUUGAGUUACCCAAAUUCAAAAUGCCAGGAUUUGGUGUUAAAGGACCUAAACUGGAGGGUCCAAACGUGGACAUAAACCUCCCCAAAGCUAAUAUUGAUGUCAAAGUCCCUGAUGUUGACAUUCAAGGCCCAGAAUUUGACAUCAAUCUGCCGAAAGCUGAUUUGGAUAUCAAAGGUCCAAAAUUGGAUAUCGAAACACCAGAUGUUGACAUGGACAGUACCGGUUGGAAAAUUAAAGGACCUAAAUUAAAUAUGCCAAAAAUCUCAGCACCAAACAUCUCCAUGCCCAAUAUGGACUUCAAACUGAAAGGUCCAAAAGUCAAAGGUGAUGUAAAUGUCUCUGUACCAACUGUCGAAGGAGAUAUCAAAGCACCAGAAGUUGAACUAAAAGGUGCCAAAGUUGACAUUAAGGGCCCUAACACUGGAUUUGAGUUGCCGAAAUUUAAAAUGCCAGGAUUUGGUGUUAAAGGACCUAAACUGGAGGGUCCAGACGUUGACAUAAACCUCCCCAAAGCUAAUAUUGAUGUCAAAGUCCCUGAUGUUGACAUUCAAGGCCCAGAAUUUGACAUCAAUCUGCCGAAAGCUGAUUUGGAUAUCAAAGGUCCAAAAUUGGAUAUCGAAACACCAGAUGUUAACAUGGACAGUACCGGUUGGAAGAUUAAAGGACCUAAAUUAAAUAUGCCAAAAAUCUCAGCACCAAACAUCUCCAUGCCCAAUAUGGACUUCAAACUGAAAGGUCCAAAAGUCAAGGGUGAUGUAAAUGUCUCUGUACCAACUGUUGAAGGAGAUAUCAAAGCACCAGAAGUUGAACUAAAAGGCGCCAAAGUUGACAUUAAGGGCCCUAACACUGGAUUUGAGUUGCCGAAAUUUAAAAUGCCAGGAUUUGGUGUUAAAGGACCUAAACUGGAGGGUCCAGACGUUGAUAUAAACAUCCCCAAAGCUAAUAUUGAUGUCAAAGUCCCUGAUGUUGACAUUCGAGGCCCAGAAUUUGACAUCAAUCUGCCAAAAGCUGAUUUGGACAUUAAAGGUCCAAAAGUGGAUAUCGAAACACCAGAUGUUAACAUGGACAGUACCGGUUGGAAGAUUAAAGGACCGAAAUUAAAUAUGCCAAAAAUAUCAGGACCAAACAUCUCCAUGCCCAAUAUGGACUUCAAACUGAAAGGUCCGAAAGUCAAAGGUGAUGUAAAUGUCUCUGUACCAACUGUCGAAGGAGAUAUCAAAGCACCAGAAGUUGAACUAAAAGGUGCCAAAGUUGACAUUAAGGGCCCUAACACUGGAUUUGAGUUACCCAAAUUUAAAAUGCCAGGAUUUGGUGUUAAAGGACCUAAACUGGAGGGUCCAGACGUUGACAUAAACCUCCCCAAAGCUAAUAUUGAUGUCAAGGUUCCUGAUGUUGACCUUCGAGGCCCAGAAUUUGACAUCAAUCUGCCGAAAGCUGAUUUGGAUAUCAAAGGUCCAAAAUUGGAUAUCGAAACACCAGAUGUUGACAUGGACAGUACCGGUUGGAAGAUUAAAGGACCGAAAUUAAAUAUGCCAAAAAUCUCAGCACCAAACAUAUCCAUGCCCAAUAUGGACUUCAAACUGAAAGGUCCGAAAGUCAAAGGUGAUGUAAAUGUCUCUGUACCAACUGUCGAAGGAGAUAUCAAAGCACCAGAACUUGAACUAAAAGGUGCCAAAGUUGACAUUAAGGGCCCAAACACUGGAUUUGAGUUACCGAAAUUUAAAAUGCCAGGAUUUGGUGUUAAAGGACCUAAACUGGAGGGUCCAGACGUUGACAUAAACCUCCCCAAAGCUAAUAUUGAUGUCAAAGUCCCUGAUGUUGACAUUCAAGGCCCAGAAUUUGACAUCAAUCUGCCGAAAGCUGAUUUGGAUAUCAAAGGUCCAAAAUUGGAUAUCGAAACACCAGAUGUUGACAUGGACAGUACCGGUUGGAAGAUUAAAGGACCUAAAUUAAAUAUGCCAAAAAUCUCAGCACCAAACAUCUCCAUGCCCAAUAUGGACUUCAAACUGAAAGGUCCGAAAGUCAAAGGUGAUGUAAAUGUCUCUGUACCAACUGUCGAAGGAGAUAUCAAAGCACCAGAAGUUGAACUAAAAGGUGCCAAAGUUGACAUUAAGGGCCCUAACACUGGAUUUGAGUUACCCAAAUUUAAAAUGCCAGGAUUUGGUGUUAAAGGACCUAAACUGGAGGGUCCAGACGUUGACAUAAACCUCCCCAAAGCUAAUAUUGAUGUCAAAGUCCCUGAUGUUGACAUUCAAGGCCCAGCAUUUGACAUCAAUCUGCCGAAAGCUGAUUUGGAUAUCAAAGGUCCAAAAUUGGAUAUCGAAACACCAGAUGUUGACAUGGACAGUACCGGUUGGAAGAUUAAAGGACCUAAAUUAAAUAUGCCAAAAAUCUCAGCACCAAACAUCUCCAUGCCCAAUAUGGACUUCAAACUGAAAGGUCCAAAAGUCAAAGGUGAUGUAAAUGUCUCUGUACCAACUGUCGAAGGAGAUAUCAAAGCACCAGAAGUUGAACUAAAAGGUGCCAAAGUUGACAUUAAGGGCCCUAACACUGGAUUUGAGUUACCCAAAUUUAAAAUGCCAGGAUUUGGUGUUAAAGGACCUAAACUGGAGGGUCCAGACGUUGACAUAAACCUCCCCAAAGCUAAUAUUGAUGUCAAAGUCCCUGAUGUUGACAUUCAAGGCCCAGCAUUUGACAUCAAUCUGCCGAAAGCUGAUUUGGAUAUCAAAGGUCCAAAAUUGGAUAUCGAAACACCAGAUGUUGACAUGGACAGUACCGGUUGGAAGAUUAAAGGACCUAAAUUAAAUAUGCCAAAAAUCUCAGCACCAAACAUCUCCAUGCCCAAUAUGGACUUCAAACUGAAAGGUCCAAAAGUCAAAGGUGAUGUAAAUGUCUCUGUACCAACUGUCGAAGGAGAUAUCAAAGCACCAGAAGUUGGACUAAAAGGUGCCAAAGUUGACAUUAAGGGCCCAAACACUGGAUUUGAGUUACCCAAAUUUAAAAUGCCAGGAUUUGGCUUUAAAGGACCUAAACUUGAGGGUCCAGACGUUGACAUAAACCUCCCCAAGGCUAAUAUUGAUGUCAAAGUUCCUGAUGUUGGCAUUCAUGGUCCAGACGUUGAUAUUAAUCUGCCCAAAGCUGAUUUGGACAUAAAAGGUCCAAAAUUGGAUAUCGAAACACCUGAUGUUGACAUUGACAGUCCCGGUUGGAAGAUUAAGGGACCUAAAUUAAAUAUGCCAAAAAUAUCUGGACCAAACAUCUCCAUGCCCAAUAUGGACUUCAAACUGAAAGGCCCAAAGGUCAAAGGAGAUGUAGAUGUGUCAGUACCAACUAUUGAAGGAGAUAUAAAAGCACCAGGAUUGGAUAUUGAAGGUCCAAAAGCAGACUUGAAAGGACCUAAUAUUGGAUUUGAGUUACCGAAAUUUAAAAUGCCAGGAUUUGGCUUUAAAGGACCUAAACUGGAGGGUCCAGAUGUUGACAUAAACCUCCCCAAGGCUAAUAUUGAUGUCAAAGUUCCGGAUGUUGGCAUUCACGGCCCAAAAGUUGAUAUCAAUCUGCCCAAAGCUGAUUUAGACAUCAAAGGUCCAAAAUUGGAUAUUGAAGCACCAGAUGUUGACAUUGACAGUCCCGGUUGGAAGAUUAAGGGACCUAAAUUAAAUAUGCCAAAAAUAUCUGGACCAAACAUCUCCAUGCCCAAUAUGGACUUCAAACUGAAAGGCCCAAAGGUCAAAGGAGAUGUAGAUGUCUCUGUACCAACUAUUGAAGGAGAUCUAAAAGCACCAGGAUUGGAUAUCGAAGGUCCAAAAGCAGACUUCAAAGGACCCACAAUUGGUUUUGGAUUACCGAAAUUCAAAAUGCCAGAGUUUGGCUUCAAAGGACCUAAAAUUGAGGGUCCAGAUGUCGACAUAAACCUCCCCAAAGGUAAUAUUGAUGUCAAGGUUCCUGAUGUUGGCAUUGGAGGCCCAGAAGUUGAUAUCAAUCUGCCGAAAGCUGAUGUGGACAUCAAAGUUCCAAAAUUGGAUAUCGAAACACCUGAUGUUGACAUUGACAGUCCCGGUUGGAAGAUAAAGGGACCUAAAUUAAAGAUGCCAAAAAUCUCAGGACCAAACAUCUCCAUGCCCAAUGUGGACUUACAUCUGAAAGGCCCAAAGGUCAAAGGAGAUGUAGAUGUGUCAAUACCAACUAUUGAAGGAGAUAUCAAAGCACCAGAAAUUGAUAUUAAAGGCCCAAGUGCUGACAUUAAGGGGCAUGUUGACAUCCCUAGUCCUACUGGUAAGGUCAAAGGACAUAAAUUUAAGAUGCCAAAACUUACAGGACCUCACAUAUCUCUGCCAGAUGUGAAUUUCAAUCUGAAAGGCCCAAAAGUCAAAGGUGAUGUAGAUGUGUCAGUACCAAACAUCGAGGGAGACAUAAAAGCACCAGAACUUGAUAUCAAAGGCAAAAAAGUUGAUGUGAAAGGUCCUUCAAUUGGUUUUGGAUUACCUAAAUUCAAAAUGCCAGAAUUUGGAUUUAAAAGCCCAAAACCGGAGGGUCCUGAAGUUGCUGUGAAACUUCCAAAGAGUGAUAUUUCCAUCAAGGUCCCCGACGUUGACAUUGAAGCUCCAAAAAUGGAUAUCAAAGGACCAGAUUUUGACAUAGACACUCCAAGUGGCAAGAUUAAAGGACCAAAAUUCAAAAUGCCAAAAAUCUCAGGCCCACAUAUCUCCAUGCCCGAUGUGGAUUUCAAUAUGAAGGGUCCUAAACUCAAAGGUGAUGUAGAUGUUUCGGUGCCAACAAUUGAAGGAGAUAUCAAAGCACCAGGAUUUGACAUAAAAGGCCCAAAUGUUGACAUUAAGGGGCAUAAGGCUGGAUUUGAACUACCAAAAAUGAAAAUGCCAGAUUUCGGCUUCAAAGGUCCGAAACUAGAGGGGCCUGACAUUGAUGUCAACCUUCCAAAGGCUAAUAUUGAUGUCAAUGUGCCUGAUGUUGAUAUUCAAGGUCCAGGAAUUGAUAUCAAUCUGCCGAAAGCUGAUUUGGACAUCAAAGGUCCUAAAGUGGACAUUGAAGGACCAGAUAUCGACAGUCCCAGUUGGAAGCUCAAGGGGCCUAACAUUAAGAUGCCAAAAAUAUCAGGCCCCAACAUCACCAUGCCAAACCUAGACUUCCAUCUUAAAGGCCCAAAACUCAAAGGUGAUGUAGAUGUGUCAGUACCAACUAUUGAAGGAGAUAUCAACGCACCAGGAAUUGACAUAAAAGGCCCAAAAGUUGACAUUAAGGGGCCUAAAGCUGGAUUUGAAUUACCAAAAAUGAAAAUGCCAGAUUUCGGCUUCAAGGGUCCAAAACUAGAGGGUCCUGACAUCGACGUCAACCUUCCAGAGGCUAAUAUUGAUGUCAAUCUUCCAAAAGCUGAUUUGGACAUCAAAGGUCCUAAAGUGGACAUUGAAGGACCAGAUAUCGACAGUCCCAGUUGGAAGCUCAAGGGGCCUAACUUUAAGAUGCCAAAAAUAUCAGGCCCCAACAUCACCAUGCCAAACCUAGACUUCCAUCUUAAAGGCCCAAAGGUCAAAGGUGAUGUAGAUGUGUCAGUACCAACUAUUGAAGGAGAUAUCAACGCACAAGGAAUUGACAUAAAAGGCCCAAAAGUUGACAUUAAGGGCCCUAAAGCUGGAUUUGAAUUACCAAAAAUGAAAAUGCCAGAUUUUGGCUUCAAGGGUCCAAAACUAGAGGGUCCUGACAUCGACGUCAACCUUCCAGAGGCUAAUAUUGAUGUCAAUCUUCCAAAAGCCGAUUUGGACAUCAAAGGUCCUAAAGUGGACAUUGAAGGACCAGAUAUCGACAGUCCCAGUUGGAAGCUUAAGGGGCCUAACUUUAAGAUGCCAAAAAUAUCAGGCCCCAACAUCACCAUGCCAAACCUAGACUUCCAUCUUAAAGGCCCAAAGGUCAAAGGUGAUGUAGACGUGUCAGUACCAACUAUUGAAGGAGAUAUCAACGCACCAGGAAUUGACAUAAAAGGCCCAAAAGUUGACAUUAAGGGGCCUAAAGCUGGAUUUGAAUUACCAAAAAUGAAAAUGCCAGAUUUCGGCUUCAAGGGUCCAAAACUAGAGGGUCCUGACAUCGACGUCAACCUUCCAGAGGCUAAUAUUGAUGUCAAUCUUCCAAAAGCUGAUUUGGACAUCAAAGGUCCUAAAGUGGACAUUGAAGGACCAGAUAUCGACAGUCCCAGUUGGAAGCUCAAGGGGCCUAACUUUAAGAUGCCAAAAAUAUCAGGCCCCAACAUCACCAUGCCAAACCUAGACUUCCAUCUUAAAGGCCCAAAGGUCAAAGGUGAUGUAGAUGUGUCAGUACCAACUAUUGAAGGAGAUAUCAACGCACCAGGAAUUGACAUAAAAGGCCCAAAAGUUGACAUUAAGGGGCCUAAAGCUGGAUUUGAAUUACCAAAAAUGAAAAUGCCCCAAUUUGGUUUCAAAGGUUCAAAAAUCGAAGGUCCGGACAUUGAUGUGGACCUUCCUCAGGGUAAUAUUGAUGUCAAGGUUCCUGCGGUUGAUGUCAGUCUUCCAAAAGCUGAUUUGGAUAUCAAAGGCCCUAAGGUGGACAUUCAAGGACCAGACAUUGACAGUUCCAGUUGGAAGUUUAAAGGACCUAAUUUUAAGAUGCCAAAAAUCUCAGGCCCAAGCAUAUCCAUGCCAGAUGUGGAUUUCAAUAUGAAAAGCCCUAAACUCAAAGGUGAUGUAGAUGUGUCAGUGCCAACAAUUGAAGGAGAUAUCAAAGCACCAGGAAUUGACAUAAAAGCCCCAAAAGUUGACAUUAAGGGGCCUAAAGCUGGAUUUGAAUUACCAAAAAUGAAAAUGCCAGAUUUCGGCUUCAAGGGUCCAAAACUAGAGGGUCCUGACAUCGACGUCAACCUUCCAGAGGCUAAUAUUGAUGUCAAUCUUCCAAAAGCUGAUUUGGACAUCAAAGGUCCUAAAGUGGACAUUGAAGGACCAGAUAUCGACAGUCCCAGUUGGAAGCUCAAGGGGCCUAACUUUAAGAUGCCAAAAAUAUCAGGCCCCAACAUCACCAUGCCAAACCUAGACUUCCAUCUUAAAGGCCCAAAACUCAAAGGUGAUGUAGAUGUGUCAGUGCCAACUAUUGAAGGAGAUCUCAACGCACCAGGAAUUGACAUAAAAGGCCCAAAAGUUGACAUUAAGGGGCCUAAAGCUGGAUUUGAAUUACCAAAAAUGAAAAUGCCCCAAUUUGGUUUCAAAGGUUCAAAAAUCGAAGGUCCAGACAUUGAUGUGGACCUUCCUCAGGGUAAUAUUGAUGUCAAGGUUCCUGCGGUUGAUGUCAGUCUUCCAAAAGCUGAUUUGGACAUCAAAGGCCCUAAGGUGGACAUUCAAGGACCAGACAUUGACAGUCCCAGUUGGAAGUUUAAAGGACCUAAUUUUAAGAUGCCAAAAAUCUCAGGCCCAAGCAUAUCCAUGCCAGAUGUGGACUUCAAUAUGAAAAGCCCUAAACUCAAAGGUGAUGUAGAUGUGUCAGUGCCAACUAUUGAAGGAGAUAUCAACGCACCAGGAAUUGACAUAAAAGGCCCAAAAGUUGACAUUAAGGGGCCUAAAGCUGGAUUUGAAUUACCAAAAAUGAAAAUGCCAGAUUUUGGCUUCAAGGGUCCAAAACUAGAGGGCCCUGACAUCGAUGUCAACCUUCCAGAGGCUAAUAUUGAUGUCAAUCUUCCAAAAGCUGAUUUGGACAUCAAAGGUCCUAAAGUGGACAUUGAAGGACCAGAUAUCGACAGUCCCAGUUGGAAGCUCAAGGGGCCUAACUUUAAGAUGCCAAAAAUAUCAGGCCCCAACAUCACCAUGCCAAACCUAGACUUCCAUCUUAAAGGCCCAAAACUCAAAGGUGAUGUAGACGUGUCAGGACCAACUAUUGAAGGAGAUCUCAACGCACCAGGAAUUGACAUAAAAGGCCCAAAAGUUGACAUUAAGGGGCCUAAAGCUGGAUUUGAAUUACCAAAAAUGAAAAUGCCCCAAUUUGGUUUCAAAGGUUCAAAAAUAGAAGGUCCGGAUAUUGAUGUGGACCUUCCUCAGGGUAAUAUUGAUGUCAAGGUUCCUGCGGUCGAUGUCAGUCUUCCAAAAGCUGAUUUGGACAUCAAAGGCCCUAAGGUGGACAUUCAAGGACCAGACAUUGACAGUUCCAGUUGGAAGUUUAAAGGACCUAAUUUUAAGAUGCCAAAAAUCUCAGGCCCAAGCAUAUCCAUGCCAGAUGUGGAUUUCAAUAUGAAAAGCCCUAAACUCAAAGGUGAUGUAGAUGUGUCAGUGCCAACAAUUGAAGGAGAAAUCAACGCUCCCGGAAUUGACAUAAAAGGCCCAAAAGUUGACAUUAAGGGGCCUAAAGCUGGAUUUGAAUUACCAAAAAUGAAAAUGCCAGAUUUCGGCUUCAAGGGUCCUAAACUAGAGGGCCCUGACAUUGACGUCAACCUUCCAAAGGCUAAUAUUGAUGUAAAUCUUCCAAAAGCCGAUUUGGACAUCAAAGGCCCUAAAGUGGACAUUGAAGGACCAGAUAUCGACAGUCCCAGUUGGAAGCUCAAGGGGCCUAACUUUAAGAUGCCUAAAAUAUCAGGCCCCAACAUCACCAUGCCAAACCUAGACUUCCAUCUUAAAGGCCCAAAACUUAAAGGUGAUGUAGAUGUGUCAGUACCAACUAUUGAAGGAGAAAUAAACGCACCAGAAGUGGAUAUCAAAGGCCCAAAAGUUGACAUCAAGGGGCCUAAGGCUGGAUUUGAAUUACCAAAAAUGAAAAUGCCAGAUUUCGGCUUCAAGGGUCCAAAACUAGAAGGUCCUGACAUUGACCUCAACCUUCCAGAGGCUAAUGUUGAUGUCAAUCUUCCUAAAGCCGAUUUGGACAUCAAAGGCCCUAAAGUGGACAUUGAAGGACCAGAUAUCGACAGUCCCAGUUGGAAGCUAAAGGGGCCUAACUUUAAGAUGCCAAAAAUAUCAGGCCCCAACAUCACCAUGCCAAACCUAGACUUCCAUCUUAAAGGCCCAAAACUCAAAAGUGAUGUAGAUGUGUCAGUGCCAACAAUUGAAGGAGAUAUCAACGCACCAGGAAUUGACAUAAAAGGCCCAAAAGUUGACAUUAAGGGGCCUAAAGCUGGAUUUGAAUUACCAAAAAUGAAAAUGCCAGAUUUUGGCUUCAAGGGUCCAAAACUAGAGGGCCCUGACAUUGACAUUAAAGGCCCUAAUGUUGAUGUCAAUCUUCCAAAAGCUGAUUUGGACAUCAAAGGUCCUAAAGUGGACAUUGAAGGACCAGAUAUCGACAGUCCCAGUUGGAAGCUCAAGGGGCCUAACUUUAAGAUGCCAAAAAUAUCAGGCCCCAACAUCACCAUGCCAAACCUAGACUUCCAUCUUAAAGGCCCAAAGGUCAAAGGUGAUGUAGAUGUGUCAGUACCAACUAUUGAAGGAGAUAUCAACGCACCAGGAAUUGACAUAAAAGGCCCAAAAGUUGACAUUAAGGGGCCUAAAGCUGGAUUUGAAUUACCAAAAAUGAAAAUGCCCCAAUUUGGUUUCAAAGGUUCAAAAAUCGAAGGUCCGGACAUUGAUGUGGACCUUCCUCAGGGUAAUAUUGAUGUCAAGGUUCCUGAGGUUGAUGUCAGUCUUCCAAAAGCUGAUUUGGACAUCAAAGGCCCUAAGGUGGACAUUCAAGGACCAGAUAUUGACAGUCCCAGUUGGAAGUUUAAAGGACCUAAUUUUAAGAUGCCAAAAAUCUCAGGACCAAACAUCUCCAUGCCAGAUGUGGAUUUUGAUAUGAAAGGCCCUAACCUCAAAGGUGAUGUAGAUGUUUCGGUGCCAACAAUUAAAGGAGAUAUCAAAGCACCAGGACUUGAUAUAAAAGGCCCAAAUGUUGACAUUAAGGGGCCUAAGGCUGGAUUUGAAUUGCCAAAAAUGAAAAUGCCAGAUUUUGGCUUCAAGGGUCCAAAACUAGAGGGCCCUGACAUUGACAUUAAAGGCCCUAAUGUUGAUGUCAAUCUUCCAAAAGCUGAUUUGGACAUCAAAGGUCCUAAAGUGGACAUUGAAGGACCAGAUAUCGACAGUCCCAGUUGGAAGCUCAAGGGGCCUAACAUUAAGAUGCCAAAAAUAUCAGGCCCCAACAUCACCAUGCCAAACCUAGACUUCCAUCUUAAAGGCCCAAAACUUAAAGGUGAUGUAGAUGUGUCAGUACCAACUAUUGAAGGAGAAAUAAACGCACCAGAAGUGGAUAUCAAAGGCCCAAAAGUUGACAUCAAGGGACCAAAGACAGGAUUCGAAUUACCAAAAAUAAAAAUGCCCCAAUUUGGUUUAAAAGGUACAAAGCUUGAAGGUCCGGACAUUGAUGUGGACCUUCCUCGGGCUAAUAUUGAUGUGAAUGUCCCUGGGGUUGAUAUCAGUCUUCCAAAAACUGAUUUGGACAUCAAAGGACCAAAUGUUGACAUUGACAGUGGUAAGAUCAAGGGGCCAAAAAUGAAGAUGCCAAAACUUUCAGGACCAAACAUCACUUUGCCAGAUGUGGAUUUUCAUCUAAAAGGUCCUAAAGGCAAAGAUGGUGACCUAAGCCUCCCAAAAUUCAAGGGUGACAUUGAAGGAAACAUUCAAUUACCAAAAGCUGAACUUGACGUCGCAGAUGUCACGCUUGAAGUUCCUGAAAUCGGCGGUAAGAAAUCGAAAUUUAAAAUGCCAAAGUUUGGAUUCCGGGGUCCAAAGAAAGGUAAAGUUGAUAUAAAAGUACCAGGCGCUGCUGUAAAAGGUCCCAAGUUGGAGACUCCUGAUGUUAACAUUAAACUACCUAAGGCAAAUGUUGAUGUUGACAUUGACAGUCCCAGCAGUAAGAUCAAAGGACCAAAAUUCAAGAUGCCAGAUGUGGACUUCCAUCUGAAAGGCCCUAAAAUUACAGGUGAUUUGAACAUGUCAGUACCAAAUAUUGAGGGAGAUAUCAAAGGACCCUCAAUUGAUAUCAAAGGUCCAGAAGGUGACAUCAAAGGACCUAGUGCUGGAUUUGAAAUGCCAAAAUUCAAGAUGCCACAAUUUGGAUUUAAAGGUUCACAAUUGCAGGGUCCUGACAUUGAUAUAGACCUUCCCAAAGCUAAUAUUAAUGCUAAGAUCCCUGAGGUUGGCCUUCAAGGCCCUGAAUUUGAUGUCAGUCUUCCGAAAGCUGAUUUGAACAUCAAAAGCCCUAAGGUAGACAUCCAAGGACCAGAUGUUGACAUGGACAGUCCCAGUUGGAAACUCAAGGGGCCUAAUUUUAAGAUGCCAAAAAUCUCAGGCCCAAGCAUAUCCAUGCCAGAUGUGGAUUUCAAUAUGAAAAGCCCUAAACUCAAAGGUGAUGUAGAUGUGUCAGUGCCAACAUUUGAAGGAGAUAUCAAAGCACCAGGAAUUGAUAUAAAAGGCCCAAAUGUUGACAUUAAGGGGCAUAAGGGUGGAUUUGAAUUACCAAAAAUGAAAAUGCCAGGUUUUGGUUUCAAGGGUCCAAAACUAGAGGGCCCUGACAUUGACGUCAACCUUCCAAAGGCUAAUAUUGAUGUCAAGGUCCCUAACGUUGAUGUCAAUCUUCCAAAAGCUGAUUUGGACAUCAAAGGCCCUAAAGUGGACAUUCAAGGACCAGAUGUUGACAUGGACAGUCCGAGUUGGAAACUCAAGGGACCUAAUUUUAAGAUGCCAAAAAUCUCAGGCCCCAGCAUAUCCAUGCCAGAUGUGGAUUUCAAUAUGAAAAGCCCUAAACUCAAAGGUGAUAUAGAUGUGUCAGUGCCAACAUUUGAAGGAGAUAUCAAAGCACCAGGAAUUGACAUAAAAGGCCCAAAUGUUGACAUUAAGGGGCAUAAGGGUGGAUUUGAAUUACCAAAAAUGAAAAUGCCAGGUUUUGGCUUCAAGGGUCCAAAACUAGAGGGUCCUGACAUUGACGUCAACCUUCCAGAGGCUAAUAUUGAUGUCAAUCUUCCAAAAGCUGAUUUAGACAUCAAAGGCCCUAAAGUGGACAUUCAAGGACCAGAUGUUGACAUGGACAGUCCGAGUUGGAAACUCAAAGGGCCUAAUUUUAAGAUGCCCAAAAUAUCAGGCCCAAGCAUAUCCAUGCCAGAUGUGGAUUUCAAUAUGAGAGGCCCUAAACUCAAAGGUGAUGUAGAUGUGUCAGUGCCAACAUUUGAAGGAGAUAUCAAAGCACCAGGAAUUGACAUAAAAGGCCCAAAUGUUGACAUUAAGGGGCAUAAGGGUGGAUUUGAAUUACCAAAAAUGAAAAUGCCAGGUUUUGGCUUCAAGGGUCCAAAACUAGAGGGCCCUGACAUUGACGUCAACCUUCCAAAGGCUAAUAUUGAUGUCAAGGUCCCUAACGUUGAUGUCAAUCUUCCAAAAGCUGAUUUGGACAUCAAAGGCCCUAAAGUGGACAUUCAAGGACCAGAUGUUGACAUGGACAGUCCGAGUUGGAAACUCAAAGGGCCUAAUUUUAAGAUGCCCAAAAUAUCAGGCCCAAGCAUAUCCAUGCCAGAUGUGGAUUUCAAUAUGAGAGGCCCUACACUCAAAGGUGAUGUAGAUGUGUCAGUGCCAUCAUUUGAAGGAGAUAUCAACGCACCAGGAAUUGAUAUAAAAGGCCCAAAUGUUGACAUUAAGGGGCAUAAGGGUGGAUUUGAAUUACCAAAAAUGAAAAUGCCAGGCUUUGGCUUCAAGGGUCCAAAACUAGAGGGCCCUGACAUUGACGUCAACCUUCCAAAGGCUAAUAUUGAUGUCAAGGUCCCUAACGUUGAUGUCAAUCUUCCAAAAGCUGAUUUGGACAUCAAAGGCCCUAAAGUGGACAUUCAAGGACCAGAUGUUGACAUGGACAGUCCGAGUUGGAAGAUAAAGGGACCAAAUUUUAAGAUGCCAAAAAUCUCAGGUCCAAAUAUCUCCAUGCCCGAUGUAAAUUUUAAUAUGAAAGGCCCUAAACUCAAAGGUGAUGUAGAUGUGUCAGUUCCAACAAUGAAAGGAGAUAUCGAAGCACCAGGAAUUGAUAUAAAAGGCCCAAAUGUCGACAUUAAGGGGCAUAAGUCUGGAUUUGGAUUACCCAAAAUGAAAAUGCCAGAGUUCGGCUUCAAGGGUCCAAAACUGGAGGGUCCUGACAUUGACGUCAACCUUCCAAAGGCAAAUAUUGAUAUCAAGGUCCCAGAGGUUGACAUUAAAGGCCCUAAUGUUGAUGUCAGUCUUCCAAAAGCUGAUUUGGAUAUCAAAGGACCAAAAGUGGACAUUGAAGGACCAGAUGUUGACAUCAACAGUCCCAGUUGGAAGCUCAAGGGACCUAAUAUAAAAAUGCCAAAAAUCUCAGGGCCCAACAUCAGUAUGCCAAAUCUGGACUUCAAUCUUAAAGGCCCAAAACUCAAAGGUGAUGUAGAUGUGUCAGUACCAACUUUUGAAGGAGAUAUAAAUACACCAGAAGUGGAUAUCAAAGGCCCAAAGAUUGACAUUGAGGGAUCGAAGACAGGAUUUGAACUUCCAAGUAUAAAAAUGCCACAAUUUGGUUUCAAAGGUUCAAAUGUCAAAGGUCCAGGUAUUGAUGUCAAAGUCCCUGAGGUUGGCCUUAAAGGCCCUGAAUUUGAUGUCAGUCUUCCGAAAGGUAACUUGGACAUUAAAGGCCCCAAAGUGGACAUCCAAGGACCGGAUGUUGACAUGGACAGUCCCAGUUGGAAAAUCAAGGGACCAAAAUUCAAGAUGCCAAAAAUCACAGGACCAAACAUAUCGAUGCCCGAUGUGGAUUUUAAUAUGGAAGGCCCCAAACUCAAGGGUGAUUUAGAUGUGUCCGUACCAAACAUAGAAGGGGACAUAAAAGUACCAGCAGUGGAUGUCAAAGGUCCAAAGGUUCAAAUUGAGAACCCUACGACUGGAAUUUCCUUUCCAAAAUUUAAAAUGCCUGAAUUUGGCUUUAAAAGUCCAAAUCUGGAAGGUCCGGACAUUGACGUCAAACUUCCAAAGGCUGAUGUUGAUAUCAAGGUUCCAAAGGUCGACAUAGAAGGACCAGAUGUUGACAUUGGCAGCCCGAGUGGUAAUAUCAAGGGACCUAAAUUAAAGCUCCCAGGAGGAAAGAUCACGAUGCCAAAAGUUGAUUUAAAUGUGAAAAAUCCUGGCCUCAAAGGUAGUAUGGAUGUGACAGCACCACAUUUUGGUGGAAAAAUAAAAACACCAGAGUUGGACUUAAAAAGUCCAAGAGUUGACAUCAAAGGCUCCAGGGGUGAAUUUGAAGGUCCCAGUAUCAAAGGAAAUGUGGAUGCUUCCUAUCCUGAUGUAGAUGUUAACAUCAAAGGGAAAAAGGGUAAAUUCAAACUUCCUAAAGUCACAGGAAAGGGAAAGAAAUCACAUUUUGAGACCGAAACACCAACAAUUGACGUAGAUGUAGAUACACCUAAAAUUAAUGUCCACGGAACAAAAGUUAAAAAGCCACUGUUUGGUAAGCUACAUUUUCCUGAUGUGGAAUUUGAUAUCAAAUCCCCAAAAGUGAAAGGUGAUGGAUCUUUAUCCGAGGAGCUGAAAUCCCCCAACAUUGGCUUACAUGGUUCUGUUAGCAACAGUCAGGACUUUACCCUUGAAGGCUCAGAUGUGACAUUAAAAACACCCCAGAUCAGAAUGUCAGGCUUUGAAUCCGACAGCGCCAUCGGUGGCCUUCGAUAUCCAGAGGGUACAGUGAAAUUUCCAAAGCUCAAGUUCCCAAGGUUCGGUUUUAGUCUGCCCCACUUUGAGGACCAGGCGGGUGGUGGAAAGGUUGCGGCUAGUGGAGAGCUUCACGGCUCACAGAGCAUCACAGCUUCUAGUCCGGAAAUAAGGCAAAAUGAAGGAAAAAUAAAGGUUAAGAUACCAAAUUUUUUUGGAAAAUCAAAAGCAAAGGGCCGGAGUGCAGGUGAUCUUCGGGGAUCAGAGGCAGAACUGAGUACAGGUGGAAAAGGCAAGGUCUCGAAAGAAUUCAGUGUACAUAGUGUAGAGGGGAAGUUACAUUUAGAGGGUGAUGCUGGACUCAGUGUUUCGCCCAAAAGCAAGUCUGCGUCACUGGAUCUUUACAAAAAGUCAAGGCAUCGCUCUUCGAGCGAUGAGGGUGGGCUCUCAGUUCGUUCCCCUUCGGGACACCUCGAAGCGGAGGGCGCUGAUAUUUCACUUGACCUUAAAGAAACAAAGAUCAAAGGAAAGAAAGGCAAGUUGAAGUUUGGCACCUUUGGGGGUCUGGGUUCCAAGUCCAAGGGCUCGUAUGAAGUGACGUACGGUGAGGGUAGUGCAGAGGGAGUGGAGGGAAGCGCGGGCGUGUCGUUGACCACGCCCAAAUCGAGGCUGUCGUCGACGUCGUCGUCGUCCAGCAGUGACAUUGGGGCAAAGGGUGCGUUCAAAUUACCUAAAAUUGAACUCUCUGUAUCACCAAAAGACGAAUAAUCAAUUGAUCAACUAAAUAUGUUCUUUCCGUACGGGAAAUACGUCAAAGCCAGAGAGAAAAUGAAUACAAGUCAUCUCAUAAGCGACAUAGGAGAACGUACAAAGCCCCGUCAAAACUGUAAAUAAGAUCAAAAUGUAUUAAUAGAUAUUGUUUUUUGUACAUAGUCAAGAUUUAUUGAGCAUAUACCAUCAAAUGACUUCAUUACGGUUAUUUUGUCCUGUUUCAUUCAAUUAAAACGUGUUCAUAAAUGGUUGUGGUAUAUUUCUACACAGGGUCUGUUCCACAGAACAGAUAGUCGUCGUUUGAAGGAAAGUCUUGUCCGUACAUUUAUAAACAGUUUUACUUCAACGCUUGGAUUUUUGUGUAAUCGGCGCAGAAACAUUUCUCCCAUCCUAAACCGGCCCCUGUAUAACAUAUGCUUUUAUUGUGAAGAUGUUUAAUCCGUCGUAAUUGCACAGACAGUCACUAUGUUUAGAAACUCAUGUAUUUUUCUGCACACUUUGUCGUCCUUCAAAAGUUUUAUCCACAUUUCGUCUGUUUUUUUUUUUUUUUCCCCCAUUCUAAUCUGUUUUAUUGUAUUGUUCUGGUCGCAUCUACUCCCAUCACGCAAAUAAAAAUGAAAUUAAAUGUCAUUGUUGGUGUUCAUACAUUUAUCAUAUCUGUGAUCAGAAUUGUUUUAUCUUCCAUUUUGUGUGCAUUCUGUCCGAUAAACUAAAUAAAUUGUAUAGAAUUA